CCUUUUAUUUUGAUUUUAUGCAUAUAUAUCAGUUAUAAAUUCACACGUUACAAUUAUGUUAUCAAACGUUUCCCUGAAGCAGAAAUAAAUUAUUGUUACAAUGUUAAACAGGUACAAGCUGGUCUCUUAUUGGCACGCAAGUAUCCAACCCGCAAAGAACUAUUACAUAGACACGAGGUUCGGACAAUGAGGUAAUCAGCCAUAGAUUUGUCGUGAUCUUUUGCUUUACUUUGGACAGAAAUAACAAACGAAGAUUUUUGAUAUAAAAUUGAUCAUUUGGAACCACUAAAACCUACAUUUCUGCUGGCGGAGUGAAGAGGACAAAACGUAAGUGGGGGUUUAUUUGACAUUUUUAUAUAUAGAACAUAUGCGAUAUUAUUUUAGCCAUUACUGUAUCGUCGUGUUAAGUAUUUUAUUGUUGGUGGGGAAAACGCUUCAAUGAAUAUAUGUUUGAUUGGGAAAAAUAUCAUUAUUUUAAAACUAUUUUAACCCCUCAUGAAUGUUCCCCAAUGGCUUUUGCAGUCAUCUGCUAUGCGGGAAUUAUUCUAAUAACAUAUGUUCUAAUAACAUAUAACUAUACAAUGAUAUAUAUUUAUAAGUAUAUGCGAACUACCUGAAGAAAAAUGAAUAAAAAAUUGAUGUUUUGAAGUUCUGCUUAUACUUUUCACACCUAUAGGUAUAUCCAUUAAUUGAACUAUAAAUAAACUGGAAGGCUAACUGGUAUGAUGAAAGCCUAUGAUUUGCUGAAGCCAAAAUAGGUUUUCUGAGUUAUGAGCAGAAAUACUUAUCUCAAACGUUGGGCUAUAUAUCAAACUGAAGCUAUUGAAAAUUGCUAUUCGGUGUGGAAAUUUCAAGACUUCAGCGAAAGGAAAAAUAUUUUAAAAAUACAAAAACAACUGCCAUUCGACCAAAAAAUGGCAAACUAUCGGCAAUUAUUUUUGUAGUUUUUAAAUAUUUCCCUUUUAGCUAAAGCCUUGACAUUUCUACACCAAAUAGAGUUUUUCAAUAGCUUCAGUUUCAUAUAUUUCUGCUCAUAACUCAGAAAAACUAAAAUGCACUGGCUUCAAUUUCCCCCCUGAGUUAGCCUUCCAGUUUAUACUUAUAGUUCAAUGGGUAUAUAUCCUUCCCAUUGUCUGUAGUCUGCGAACGUACGCAUACGUUUCCCACGCUCAUUCUUCAUUCGGAAAGCUAGAAUAAACGUGCAUGGGAAAUGACGUCAGUGGGUUCGCAGACUAUUCACAUUGCGACUGUCCAUAGUUAAUAUAUACUGACCAACUAUGGACACGGUGUUUCGUUUGUCAUGUCUUGACCUAAUUUUGAAAAAGAGAGAUCUUCAGUUUAUGACAUUAGAGACCUUACGAUUUUAAGACGGCAACGCGACGGCAACGGCUACCAAUACAAUAGAUCAUUGAAAAGAAUUGAGUAAUUACAAUAAAAGAAUAAUUUAAACAUUGUCCUCGCUCUGUUUACAACGCCAAAUCACAUAUUUUCACGUGUUGAUACAACGGCUGCAUUCCAAGCCACAACAAGCGCAACUUCAAACUGGGUUUAGCAGAACUCUUCCCAACCAUAAAACCCAUGUCUUCAACUUCUAAGACUGUAUUAAAUUCAUACGAUUGAUAACAUACGACGAACUAUCGACUACCAUUUAUUUGAAGGAGUUUGUUUUGGCUGUCGCCGUCGCGGUUGCCGUCUUAAAAUCGUAAGGUCUCUCAUUAAAGCGAUUGACGGCAUGCUUCCAGAAUACAUAACGCAAUUUAAUAUUUCACACUUGUGAAAACAGUGGAUCAUGACGAACUGUAGCCUGUGUACACAGGCUAGACGAACUGCGCAGUAGUAAUUUAAAGCCGUAUCAACCUAAACCAGUAACGAAUUUCUUGAAAAAUUGCUUUUCGUAUACAGAGGAGCAGCGUAUUGGAACAACAUCCCAAUAAACUUGUUGAAAAUCCUAAGAGAGUCAACAAGUAGUUAAAAAUUGUCCAUAAUCUAUUAAAUGAUCACAUCUACACCAGCUCAUUUUUUAUAUUCAACUCUUGUAAAUACGUAUAUAAUUUAGUUUACUAGUAAUAAGUUUAUUCUCUUCUUAUAAUGUAUGUAUUUUCCGCACGUCCCUUUGAAAAUCACCCAUGCAUGUGAAAGGUUACCGUGCCGUUUAAAGUUCAUUAAUAGACAGAUUUAGAUCGAGGACGCGGACGUCAAAGACGACGUGGAAAUGGCGUCAAAAUGGCGUGGCAUAUCCAUACAUGGGCACAACACGCCAUUUCCAUGUCGUCUUUGACGUCCGCGUCCUCAAUCUAAAUCUGUCUAAUAAUACCUAUUGGCACCGUACAAAGUCAACACCCCUCUGACGAAUCACAAACUACGUAUACCACUGCUUAUUGUAGAAAUAAAUUAAUGCUGGCCCCUACGUUUAUACAAAGUUAUAUAACCUUGAACGCGGUCUUAUCGCUAUUAUACUCACUAGUAUAAAAGCUCAUGUAAUUUUCCCGACCCCUUGUACACUAACUUCUAACGAAGGGCCUUCGCUCGAAACGUCUCGAAAAGUUCUCCUAGAGAAAAUUGAACCCCCCCCCCUCAAAAAAAAAAAUCAAAUGCUCAUUGGGAUAAAUAACAGUAGUAUGAUUGAAACAAAGACUAAAAACAAGGAUUAUGAACUAAGUAAGACCACAAAUCUCAAAAUGUCCUAUGGGCUGUUCCCCCUUACCCCCAUUAGCAACUGUGCCCCCAGACUCCUGCUGCAUAUUGUUCCGCGGCGCUAUGCAGCCCGUCACUCAUCACUCCCCCCCCCCCCUAAAUUUUCGGCAGCACGCAGCAAAAUCUGAAAAUCCGUCUACACGCUUAUACCCACAUUUCAACCUAUUUUAACAAUCAAAUACUGUAUACCAAAAGUAAAAUUGCCUAAAUACCAAUAUAACCGAAACCUCCGACCGGGCCUGGUGUAUUUUAAAUAGUACUUCUAACUUCACAACACUAAACAACAUCAAUAUAUAUAACUCUUAAAGUACUCAUUAAUAAUUCAUAAACCUCGUGGAGUGACUUUAUAUCUGAUAAAACAGAUGUGGCAUUAUAUAACUGUUCAUCCUAAUUCUUGUAUAAAGAAUACUAUAAUGAGACGGCAUCUUUUGUAGUCGUAUUUUAAGUAAUCCAAAACACGAGUAUAUAGGAGUUUUUUAUCAGAUAUAAAACGCUCGGCUUCGCCUCGCGUUUUGUAUCUGACAAAACACUCCUACUCGUGUUUUAAAUAGUACAUACAAUCUUUUAUUUAAGGCCAUGAAGCCAUUAUUGGCCGUUUCCAUCCUCGUCCUCGGAAUUUUUCACAUAAACCUCAGCAGUGCAUACAGUGAUAAAGCAGCUCUUGGGGCACGCCUUAUACGCAGUCUGAUUAAACCUAAACCCAAAGCCGAUGAGAAAACCGAUGGCAACAAACAGACAGAUACUUUAUCCAAGGAAAUGAAGAAACAAAUGAAAAGGAUUGAUGCUUUAGAGGACAUUUUCAUUGGUUCGUCAGGAUCACCAGGCACGAAAAAAGUAGUCAAGGUAAAGAGAAUAAUGAUUACCCCCAGUGUAAUAACUCUAGACAUAUCGCCUGUAUUCCGAAAGCUCACUCACGCUCAUGGAGAAUGGAGGUUCAAUCUGAGUUUCUCUUGAGUGUCAGUGCUAUUUUUGAAUAGCUGGAGGAUGAGUAGUCACAAAGUAAGUUACGACAUUAACGCCUGUAUUCUAAAAGAUCACUCACGCUCAAAGAGUGGAGGUUCAAUCUGAGCUUCCCUUGAGUGUCAGUGCUGUUUUUGAAUAGCUGGAGAAUGAGUAGUCACAAAGUAAGUUACGACAUUAACGUCUGUAUUCUAAAAGAUCACUCACGUUCAAAGAGUGGAGGUUCAAUCUGAGCUUCUCUUGAGUGUCAGUGCUGUUUUUGAAUAGCUGGAGGAUGAGUAGUCACAAAGUAAGUUACGACAUUAACGUCUGUAUUCUAAAAGAUCACUCACGUUCAAAGAGUGGAGGCUCAAUCUGAGCUUCCCUUGAGUGUCAGUGCUGUUUUUGAAUAGCUGGAGGAUGAGUAGUCACAAAGUAAGUUACGACAUUAACGUCUGUAUUCUAAAAGAUCACUCACGUUCAAAGAGUGGAGGUUCAAUCUGAGCUUCCCUUGAGUGUCAGUGCUGUUUUUGAAUAGCUGAAGGGUUAGUGUCGUUCCUUACUAUGCGACUACUCACCGUCCAGCUAUUCAAAAACAGCACUGACAGUCAAGGGAAGCUCAGAUCGAACCUACAUGCAUUCUUUGAGUGUGAGUGAGCUUUUAAAAUACAGGCGUAACCCUCCAGCUAUUCAAAAACAGCAUUGACACUCAAGAGAAGCUCAGAUCGAACCUCCAUUCUUUGAGUGUGAGCGAGCUUUUAAAAUACAGGCGUUACGUAUGAGACGUAACUUAUAUAGCUAUCCAGUAAAAAUAGAGCUAAAAGAAAGUUUGUGUAUUCAACCUAAUUAUUUAUUGUAUAAAACUUGAUCAGGAAGACUCAUCGAGACGAUCAUGGGUGGAUGAUACUCAAGCAUUGGACGACGACUUGAUGAAGGAUGAUACCAAACGAAAUGUGGAGAGUCUACAAAAUGCUGUGUUGGCGAAAAGAAGAGCAAGGCGAGACGAGAGCAAAGAUGACAAGCAAGCGGGUUCCAAGAAAGCUUCUGAUAAUAACGAUGACACAUCCCUUGAGAAGGAAUUAGAAAACGAUUCAAAGGGCACCACUGGGUUUAGCGAUAACACCGAUCUUGUUAGUCCAAUCUCCAAGAAAUCAGAAGUUCCAGAGAAGCCUGACGUUUCCGAGAACAGUGAUCUUGGUGGGGACCUAAUGGGAGGAACAGGCGCGAUUCAAGGCGAUCUUGAAUCUGAUAAAAAUGAAGUGAAAAAUGAAGACAGCGAAAAAUCUGCAGCAAAAGAUGACGACAAGAGGUCUGAUAGCGACGAUGAAAAUUCUAAGAAAAAUGACAAAAAUUCCGAUAAGGAUGAAAAUUCCGAGAACGAUGAGAAACGUUCCAAGAAUGAAGACAAGAAUUCGGAGAACGGCGACCAGAGUUCCAAAAACGAACAAAAUAGUUCUGAGAAAGAAGAGGAUAGUUCUGAGAAAGAAGAGGAUAGCUCAGAGAACAAAGAUCAAGAUUCCAAUAACGAUGAAAAUAGUUCUAAGAAAGAUGAGCAAAAUUCUGAGGGCGAUGAGAAACGUUCUGGAAGUGAAGCGAAAAGCUCUGAAGAUGAGCAACAGUCCGAGGUCGAGGGUGGUAAGAGUUCUGAUGACGACAAAACGUCCGAUGGGGGCAAACGUUCCGAGGAGGGAAAAAGUUCCAAUAAGGGUAAAAGUUCCGAUAAGGCAGAAAACGAUAAAAAGGCUUCCGACGACAGUGAAAAACGUUCUGAUGAUGUCAAAAACUCCGACGACGGGAAACAUACAGAUGACGACGACGAUGGUGACGACGAUGAUGAAGAUGAUGAAGACGAUAAGGCAAAAUCCGAAGCACGGGAUUGGGAUAAGAAAUCCAAGAUUCCAGUUCCUUUAGGUAAGUAGAACUUCAUUUAACACGCUCAUUAUAACCUGGUUGUACACUAUCAAGCCACGCACUAAUUUCCUAAAAAGAAGCCUCAGUUAUAGUGGGGCACGAUUGUGGAAUAGUUUACCGCAAGAUAUGCGCAUGAUUCCACCACUUUCCCAAUUUAAGAAGGUUACAAAUUACUAUUAUAAUAAUUUUAGCGAUAUAUAUGAUAACGCAGACUCCCACACGGCAAUCUUGUAAACCAGUUAAUGUUUUUUUUUUUGUAAAAUAAUGUAUACUGAAGGUUUUACCGUGGCUAAAUAAAUUUUAUUGUAUAUUGUAUCAAAGUUUCUGUGAUCACAAUAGGAACUUUUCAUCGGUAAAUACUAAGUCUUGAAGGAUUUGUAAGAAUGUUCGAGGUAACUGACUCGGUGUUUAAAGGCACAGUUCAGCCUUUUGAACGAUGGUUUUUAAGGCGCAUUUGAGCCCUUUCAGUAAUUGAAAAAACUAACUAGGAAAAUCAAUUAAGCAUAAUUCAAAAUCAGUAAACUCGAUGUUUUUAACAAUAUAAAUGUUUUAAAAUGUUAAAAACAUUAAGCUUGCUGAUUUUGAAUUAUGCUUAAUUGAUUUUCCUAGUUAGUUUUUUCAAUUAAAAGGGCUGAAAUGCGCCUAAAAACCAUCGUUCAACAGGCUGAACUGUGCCUUUAACACCGCCGGUGUGCUGUGAUCAGACAUGGGUAGUAUGGCUGCACACCUUAUGUACUUCGUGUAAACUAACAUCAAACUAAUCAGGAAAAACUAAUCUGUAUAUCAUCUCGAACGUUCUCUGCUAGGGUAGGUACGUGACAAUAACACCAGACGGCUGGGGAUCGCGAGGGAUUCAACUUCCUGAAAAAUGCAAGCAAAACCACAACGUUUCGAGCGAAGGUCCUUGGUCUAACGUCCAGACAAAUGGCCUUGUAUUUUUUAGGUAGUUCAAUCCCUCUCUAUCCUCAGCUAAUCUGUAUAAUCUAUUUAACAAAAGCUAAGUUACUUGUCUUGCACAUUAUUGUCGAUUUCAAGUCACUUUUCAACGCACGGUUCCCAAGUUCGUUGCGAACUUGCCAAUUACGUUUCCAAAUAUGGAAAUUGGGCGCGAACUUCGCAACAAAGUUCGCAAGUUCAUUUCAAUGUUUGAACUUCGUUUGUAAACAAAUGUUCAUACUCAAUAAUAACAACCAAUUCAAUGAAAUACAAACCAUUAUGGUAGCCCACUGGACCAAGAACUUUCCAUUACAAUAGUUCAAACAUUGAAAUGUACUUGCGAACUUUGUUGCGAAGUUCACGCCCAAUUUUUGAACUUGGAAACGUAAUUGGCAAGUUUGCAACGAACUUGGGAACCGCGCGUUGAAAAGUGACUUGAAAUCGACAAUAAUACGGAGUCAACACUGUUAUUCUUUAGACGAUUCAGGUAUUCAUAGCGAUGAAAAGAAACCGCCUUUUGCAGACAACGAGAAUGUCGAGCUCGAACACGACAGUUCGGAAGAAAAUUUUGAAAAACCCGAGGAAGAUUCGAGCGAGAAAAAACCUGAUCUUGUGUCGGCUUCCGAAGGCGAUAAAAAAUCGGAGAAAAAAAGCGACACUGAUUUUUACUUUUCAAACGACGGAAAAGGCGAUGACGAGAGCAAAGAAGAUACCGCAAACAAGAAACUCGGCUGCCGCACAGUGUGUGCACCACUCAUGGACUACGAGACAUGCGCAGUACCAAGAUGUGACUAUAAAGUAGGCACGAUCAAAGAUCUAUGCGAGUAUUUGUGUCACCAUCAGAAAGAACAUUGCGAAGAAGUUUGUGAUUAAGGCACGAUGGCAAACACCUUGUAAGCUUCUUAUGUUUACAAAAAACUGGAUAUUUCACUGGCCAAGCUAAUAAUGCAUUGUAUAGAAAUACAGUAAUAAAGCUUUAGUGUACUAAACUGCAUGUCAUUUUACCGUUGGACAUUAGUAAAUGUAUGAUUCCAAACACAUUGCAAAGUUACAGUAGAUUUACAAUAACAUUUUCACCAAACGAACUAGUUAGUAUAUUGCGGUGCAUAAGGCUUAGUAAUAAAGUUUCACUGCAUUGUUGUAAAUUAUUAUUUCAUAAAAAAUUCAUUAAUAAUUCACGAGGAAAAUACAAAAGAAAUGAAUGUUUAAUCAUAAUUAGAUAAAUAUUAAUGCCCAGCAGAAAAUACGUAAAAGAGCC